AUGGAGGUCGUGCGGAAGGUGCUGAUCGUGGGCGCGCUUUUGGGUGCCGGAGCCGGUGUGGGCUCCGCGCUCUUUGCGCUCGUGACCCCGGGAGAGCAGAAGAUACAGGAGAUGCUCAAGGAGAUGCCCGAGCUGGACAAGCAGCACAGGGCCGAGGCGGCCAGGAACAAAGAAAGCAGCCAUCCCAGUCCUGUUGCUUCUCUGUGGGAUGGUGGGAAUGAGCAGAUGCUUCUUAAGAGACUCAUAAAGUACCUGGCAAAGCAUCUGCUGAAUAGCUGGCACCGAGAGCAGGUGCCAAGAUCCAAGUGCUUGCUACGCUGGCUGCUGGCAGACCACUGA